UAGUGAUGAGUGUUCUGCCGUGGAUAGGCUGGCAGGUGCUAUAGCUGUGUGUGCAGGUGUUUGCUAAAUUGGAACGCCGCCAUAACUUUUAUUUUAACGUUAAAUAAAGGAAGAGUUAACCCUCCACCCCCACUUCCUCAUUAACCACCAGUUGAAAUAUUAAACUGAAAAAAAAAUAUAUAUAUAAACUGGUGGAUGUAGUGAAGCAAGUGGAAGUGUUUAAAAGAAGUAGUGAUGCAGAGUGGAGGACUGUAGGUGUGGAGAGGUAGAUAUCUCCCCACCCCUGGAACACCUUACCUGUUCACCUAUACCUUACCUUGGUGGUGAUUAGCGUCUACCUGAGCCGUGUUUACUCGCCAGCAAAUAUGGUUUACAGGUGCGAGGAAGUCCUGCUCUCCCACAACAAGUUCAGCGAGACUAAGGACCAAUGGGAGUGUAUCGCAGGUCACACACAGAAGGGCAUCACCUUCCUGGAGCAGUACGGUCACUUCGUCAAAGACAGAUGCCAGAUCGAGUUAGAAUACGCCAGAGGUCUCAGAAGACUUGUCAAGACCUACCUGCCGAAGAAGAAGAGUGCGAAGACCUACAGUUCACCAGUGUAAAGGCGUUUCGUGAUGCAGUGAGUGAAACAGCGGAUUUAGCGGGUCAACAUGAGGUCAUCUCUGAAACACUCACCGCUGUCGUGCUCGCGGAGAUCACCACACUCGUUAAGGAAUUUAAGGAGGAUAGGAAAAAGCACUUAACAGAUGGUAGCCGGGUACAGCAGCAGUUAAAUCAUUCACUACAACAGCUAGAGAAGGCAAAGAAAAACUAUGAAAAAGCUUUCAGAGAAGCGGAGAAGGCACAAGAUAACUACCUAAAAGCAGACGCUGACCUCCACCUGUCUCGGGCAGAGGUGGAGAAGCAGCGUAUGAAUGCCAGCAUCAAGAGUCAACAGUGUGAGGACAGCAAGAAUGAAUAUGCAAAUCAAUUACAGAAAACAAAUCAGUUGCAAGGUGACCAUUACAACACAGUUAUGCCCAGUAUCUUCCAAGGUCUUCAAGAUUUAGAUGAAAAGAGAAUCAAUAACUUCAAGAAUUUGCUAAAAAAAAGUGUGGAAAUUGAACGCUCGGUCUUCCCUAUUAUAAACAAAUGCCUCGAUGGAAUUGUAUCUGCUGCAGAUUCUAUAGAUGAAAAAUGUGACUCUCAAGUUGUCAUAGAACGGUACAAAUCAGGCUUCACUCCUCCUGGUGACAUUCCCUUCGACGACCUCAGUACACCAAGACAAAACGGUGACACAACUCCAACCGUCCACCCACCACUCCGACAGGAUACCAUUAAAGGCACAAUAUCAGCUUCUAAGCUAAAAAAACGUGGUGGCAUAUUUGGUAUUUUUGGCUCAAAUAAGAUUGAUGCCAUAUGUAACCUAUUAAAGCUUCACAAGAUUCUGGAGGACUACAGUGACUUACCUCCCAACCAACGAAAGAAGAGAAUCCAACAACGAAUUGAUGAUGUCACAACAAAACUGCACCAAGAGACAGCUGCCAGGGAUGGCCUCUUAAAGAUGAAGGAAGUGUAUGAAGGAAAUCCAUCCCUUGGAGACCCAAUGAGUAUAAUGGGUCAGCUAAAUGAUUCCUGUCAGAGGAUUGAGAAGCUGCGUGCAGACCUCCAACGCUAUCAGACCAUGUUGGAAGACGCAGAUGGUGAUAUUGGUGGCGGAGUAGCAUCAGGAGGACCAUCCACCCCUAAUGCCUCGUUGGCACGGCACCACAGCAGUGUCUUGUCGCCGCAUCACAAUGGAGGAGCUUCUCCUCGAUCCUCUGUCACAUCCCAUCGCACCUCCCUCAGCGACGAGUCCCUCUCCCGGUCAGCUUCUGACUCCUCCGUCUGCACCAACCCUCCCUCCUCCAAUACAACCACCACUACCACAACCUCCCUCCAUCGUGUAGCCAACUCCGCCACCACCACAACCACAACAAUAGGGGAGGGCAACAAACCAACCCCUUCUGACCCGCUGCCCUCUCAGGGCUCGUCUCAUAGUCCGGAGAGUGGUAUCGGCCUCAGUCACAACUCCCUGCCCGGCUCAGACACGUACGAUCAACCGGACGGUGCCGAUGACGACAAUGCAGAGUUUUAUGAUGCCGAGCCCCUACCCAUCAUUGGAACAUGUCGAGCAUUGUACACUUUUGAAGGCACUAGUGAAGGCAGCAUGAGUAUGACCGAAGGCGAGGAAUUAAACGUAAUAGAAUUAGAUCAAGGAGACGGAUGGACACGAGUCAGGCGUGUCGCUGCCUUUGAAGAAGGAUUUGUGCCUACUUCAUAUAUUGAAAUGGCUCUAUAUAAUAACUGUUAAACAUUCCUACUUAAUAGAGAUAAUGUGCAUUCUGGGAUGCCAAGUCAUGUUUACCCAGGAAAGGGUGACCUACUAAACACAAACAAGACUUAAGAAAUCGAAGUCAUAUACUGCAUAGAUUACCAGUGACACGCUUAGUAUGGAAAUGUUUAGUUUCAUUUUAAUGCAUUGAAAAAUACACUGAAUUUAGUAAUUCCAUCAUUUGAAUUGAUACUAGACAUGCGCUUUUUUUUAUUGCAUCUGCAAGUUUUGCUCCAAAGUUGACAUCAGUCUGCAAGUGCUCAAUAUUGUACUCAAGAUCCCUCCAUCUCUCUUUAAGGAUGAAAUCAGCUGUUAGUAAGAUCUAGCAUUCUCCUUAAGUCUUUAACUGUGAAUAUACACCUUAUAUUUAUAGGUACAAGCAGGGACAUUGCAUUUUACUCCAUAUGUUUCUUUUAAGAAGAUAUUUUCUACAUAAUUUGAAAUCAUGUGUUACAGAGGUUAGUCUUAAACAGUUUGUUAGAUAAAUCAAAAGAGCAUUACAGAGUCUCUUCAUCGUAUGGUGUCAGUAAUGCUCGUUUUCCCCUUUUGUGUUGAAAAAGAAAUACAUAUGAGGUGUAUGAAGUAUAAGUAAUUCUUCGUGUGUGCCCACUUGAAGAUACUGUAUGUGAGUCUGAUAUGACAUUACUUAUGUAGUGUAGCUGUCAUUGGCUUGACCUGCACGGUACGGGACAUUUCAUCAGUUAAUCAAUAAAUACGCUUAAUGGUAAUUAAAAAUGAUAAUUGUCAUAAUUGGCCAGAUAAUAACAAAGUGGUUUCUGUUGAACUAUAGGAUUUCUUUUAUGUUUUCCUAGCAUGCAGAGUAAUGGAUGUUAGGUAUUACUGAAGAUAGUUUUAAAUUUAUUUUAGUUUGACUUUGAUAAAACAAUUACCAUUUUUAAAUAUGUCUUAUAUAAAAGUAUAUAUUCAUCAAUGUGGACAGAAGAAAUUUGUUAAGUUACAAUGGAUUUUUAUGGGGUUAUUCUGAAGCACAUCACUAAGAGAAAGAGAAUACCUCUUAUUUUAUAUAAAUCUUUUGUUCCAAACUAUAAACCAUAUUUUUCCAUUUAUGUACAAUACUACUUCUUAGGUGUGGAAUGUACUAAGAGUGUUGUGUUGGUGUGUAUGGCGUAUGUUUGUAAGUUGAAGAAAAUGAACCAGUUUUAUUGUUCACAUAUUUGGUUUACUGCAUUAAGUCAUUUUAUAAUCAUGCAUUUUAUGACUGGCUGUGCAUUUUCUAAACCAGUUGGAAGCAUACUUCAGGAACCUGCUACACAAACACUUGUCCUCAUAUAAUGGAGUGUUUGUGUUCCAGUGAUUUCUCACUUAGUUAUGUAUAACGUCUGACCAAAUGUCUCAAAGAAUUUAUCGUGAUUUUAAUACUAGUAGAUUUGUAUAGUGUUUGUAUCACUACCUGGGCUGAGCUCAGGCUCCUGCUAGCUUGUGUUUAGCAGUGCUGGAAUAAUUUUGCACUUCUAUGAAGUGUAGUAUAUUAGAAGGGUAAUAUUUUGUACCUACUUCUGAAAAAGCUGAUACUGCUCCUCAAGUUUUGUUUAGUCUCACUCUACUACUACACUAACUUCUCCCAGUUUAGAUCACUAUUGCCUGGCAUUGCCUCAGAUACUAGACAAAUAGUGACUAAGUAUUUGGCAUUGGCUUGAAUACUAGUUAGAUCAGGAUUGCUGUUGGUAGGCAUCAACUUGAAUAAUAGAUACAUUGUGUUGAGUAAGAGUCAGUGUCACCACAAUUUGAAUUAUUUUUCUUCUUCCACAUACUGUACAUUCACCUUUAACAACUGUACACAUUUGGCCAUAAAAAGUCUUCACUCUGAGAUUGGGACAUUAGUCAUACUUAAAAGGUCAAGAUGAUUUUAUUACAUAAAAAAGGAACUGUAGGCUACAGAUAACAAAACAUAUCUUAUGUUUCAAAGUGGUGCAAGUAAUCAAUGGAUAAAGACAUUGUGUUCAUACUUCACUGCAUGACAUGUUAGUUAUUUUACGUGGUACAGUUUAUCAAGUAAACACUCAACUUAUUAACAGUUGCAAAGGUUGAUUUUAGAUGAUUGAUAAUCUUCUAAUUAUUUGAUAUUUUGAAGAUAAAUAAUAUUGUUUUAAUGCUCAUUCCCAGAAAAAUGUUAUAGGUCAUCUACAAGUGUAAUAUGAAACUGUAUGUGGCUACUGAAAUAAAUCCAUUUGUAAGAUUUAGUGUCCCAGUUUCCUCACUUUUCAUUUAUAUUUUCUUAGAACCUGGAGGUGAAAACUUGAAGACGGUCAGUAUUAGCUGCACAUUAACAUCAUUCUCACCAAGGAUUUUUUUUCCCCUCAUAAUUUUGUUUUGUGUGUGGAAACCUUAUGAGGGUUUGCAUCAGUACACAAGGGUAACCACUUGUGCCAUGCCUUGAUUAUUCUACCAAAAGGGAUUGUUUACAAGUAAUACUCUUUGUAUUUCAUUUAGAAAGUUGGCGCUGAACAUAAUUUUACAGAACAUUGAGUUUCCCCGUUUUAAUCAGUUCUUAUUUUCACAAGAAGUUGUAGCAAUUAUCAAGGGCAAAAUGAGAGAACUUUGCCAGAAUAACCAGAGAGAGUUUCUCUGUUGGUUUAAAGAGCCCUGACAAUUCAUGAAAAAUAUACAAGUUGAGCCUUUAGCUCAUAUGAAAAGGGUGAACCUCUGGUAAUUGUAAAAAUAAAAUAACUACAAUCCCUGCAGCUUAUCUGUGUAGGGAAAGUGUAGUACUGUACUGUACCCCCUCUUGUUUGGGGUGUGCCUGUGAAAACUUACACUCUUGUUGAAGAACAUCUGUGCAGAUCCUAUAUACCUACUUCUGUAUAUUUUAUUUGUAUUUUGUACAUUUUUGUAUUAUAGUAUGUUUUUUAUAGAAGUCAUUAAGGAGAUGCUUUUUUUCAUAUGCUUAUCAGGGAGUGAUGACAUGCUAGCAAGAGAUAAUAACAGCUUGGCUUUUCAUGUCAGCUUUGUAGUUAAUCCCCUGGUAAAUGAUGUAUUAAUAUUAUUAUAUCUAUAAUAAAAAAUACAAUGUUA